AUGUCAGGUAUUACCAAUGGAUACCUUCAAAUAAAUACUUCACACGCUAAACAACUUGCAUUGCAUCAGAGAAAAGGAUCAAGUUUAAUUUACGGAUACUUCAAACAAUUCUAUUCCAGUAUUAUGAAUUCCGAUCAGUCAUCCAAAAUAGUUCUCGAUAGUUGUCAUUCCGAAGAUCUUCAGCGAGAUUUGGCGCAAGAUCAUUAUGCGAAAGAAAUCGAUUCUGUACUGAAGCGUCCUGUAUUCAACAUUGUGAUCAUGGGUCCGCCACGAGUUGGCAAAAGUUCAUUGAUAAAUGCUAUGUGUAACGAUGCUUCGCUAGCAGAAGUAGGCAACAGUCUCGACUCAUGCACAAAGGAAAUGAAGAAAUAUGAGUUGAAAUGUCAUAAAUUUCAAAUCGAAGGAUUUCCACCAAUUGAGAUCAAUAUUUUCGAUACACCGGGUGUUGAAUCGUGGGAAGACGGCGACGCUGAAAAUCGCUUUUUAGAAUUCAUUGGUAAAACCAACCCGAUAUGCGUGUUUUUCUGUGCUGCGCCCGGCAGUUUCGCAAAAUUACCAUCACUUCGAAAAUUAUUAGAAUAUUGCAAACAGAGAAAGAUUAUUUGUGCCUUAAUUUGUACAAAUAUGUGGUCAGGCAAAAACCGAAAGAAAGUUAUUGAGGAACUUAAAAACGAAUUAAAGAUAUUUGGUGAUGAACGGGAAGAACAAUUUCAUCAAGUUGGUUCAUGUACAACACAUUCGGUCACGUUUUUUGGCAAUGGAGCACUCUGUACUGCGGUGAACACCGCUGAGUAUAUUGACAAAGACUUAGGUAUUCAGAAACCUGUUCAAGGAGUGGAUGAACUCAUAGAAAGUGUCAUGACAUUACUAGAUAAUACGAAAUUACUUGGCUGGUGUUUAACUGUUCUUCAAAAUCGUAAUUAUUCGACGAUAAUUAGCCAGAAAGUGUAUGGAUUUUUACAAUUACGCUUCGCUGAACUUCAGAGUGUACGAGAUAUGUCUGCUUCGGAAAUUGGAAAAGACAUACUUGUCUUGGCUGUUAAUACAUAUUUGAACUCAAUGAGAAUGUAA